GCUGCCGCCGCCACCGCCGCCGGAAGCACCCGCCUGCCGUCGCCCGAGUCAAACACCGCAACGCCGCGAUGGGGCGUAUGCACAGCCGCGGGAAGGGUAUCUCGUCGUCGGCGCUGCCGUACAAGAGGACCCCGCCGACCUGGCUCAAACCCGCCACCUCCGAUGUGGAGGAGAUGAUCACGAAGGCGGCGAAGAAGGGUCAGAUGCCGUCGCAGAUCGGCGUCCUGCUCCGUGACCAGCACGGUAUUCCCCUUGUCAAGAGCGUCACCGGCAGCAAGAUCCUCCGCAUCCUCAAGGCCCAUGGGCUGGCUCCGGAAAUCCCAGAGGACCUGUACUUCCUCAUCAAGAAGGCGGUGGCGAUUAGGAAGCAUCUGGAGAGGAACAGGAAGGACAAGGACUCCAAAUUCAGGCUUAUCCUUGUUGAGAGCAGGAUCCACCGCCUCGCUCGCUACUACAAGCGCACCAAGAAGCUCCCGCCCACCUGGAAGUAUGAGUCCACCACCGCAAGCACUCUGGUGGCCUAAGUGAGGAGCUCAGCAUCAGAGACGCCCUUAGCUACUUGAAGCUGGCCCUGUUCUUGGGAUCAUUUUUAUGUACCGCUUUAUAAGUUUAGAGCCAACUAGAAAUCGUGAAUUUUCUGUGGAGGAUCGUGUAAGCCCUUUUUGGUUCUGCGGAUAUGCCUGUUGUUAACUUUUGCUACUCUGCAUCCAGAUUUUGUCAGCUACAUGAUCUACAUUACAUGAUUUGCCCAUAAUUGUUUGUGGUCGCCUUUGCCUUUGUUA